CUUACUAGCACAUAACCCCCCCUCUUCACCGACCAUGCGCCCUUCUCAAGUCUUCCGCGCCUCGCACUACAAGCCCAUGAUCAAAUUUCUGGGCCCAAGGAAAAAUUUGCAACACCCUCCCCACAAACCAUCCCCCCACGCAUGCGCCCCCUCCGAAAUCCGCGACGCCUUCCCCUCCUUCCUCUCCCAACUCAACGCCUCCCCCUCCUCUUCAUCAUCCGCCCCCGCGUCAAAACAAGAUCCGGGCUUCAAGCCUUCGGGAAAGCCGGUGGACUUUGAGAAUUUCUGGGAAGCGCCGGGGUAUCUGUGGCGGACGAAAGAAGUGGGAGAGCUGGAGAUGGAUGCUGUUAUGAGCGGUGGUGCUACGAGUAUCCGAUCUUCUCCUUGAGCCUACCCCUCCCCUCUUUCUACACAUCAUUGCCGUCUCGCACCUUGUUUUCAAAGUUGUAUUCGCCAUGCAUUGCUAUACUCAUCAAUUUCAGA